AUGCCAAAUGACAAUAAGACACCCAAUAGGUCCAGCACUCCCAAGUUUACUAAAAAACCAGUAACCCCGAAUGAUAAAAUUCCUGAAAGAGAAGAAAAAUCCAAUGAAGUGAAGACACCUAAAAUUCCAUUAUUCACGUUUGCCAAAAGCAAAAACUAUUCAAGGCCGUCAACCGCAAUUCAUACCUCACCUCAUCAACCAAGUGAUGUAAAACCGACUUCCCAUAAACAGUUGCAACAGCCAAAAUCCUCACCACUGAAAAAAAAUAACUAUAAUUCUUUUCCUCACUCAAAUCUGGAAAAAAUAAGCAACAGCAAACUACUCUCCCUUCUUCGGUCCAAAACGUCAGCAGGAAGAAUUGAAUCAAACAAUCCUUCACAUGAUGCUAGCAGGUCUCUAGCAAGUUUUGAACAAACAGCAUUUUCCCGGCAUGCGCAGCAACAAACUUCUACCUUCAAUUCAAAGCCUGUACGUACCAUAGUACCGAUAUCAACAUCACAAACCAAUAACUCAUUUUUAUCAGGAGUAAAAAGCUUACUAAGUGAAGAGAAAAUAAGGGAUUACUCUAAAGAGAUUCUAGGCAUAAACUUGGCAAACGAACAGCCUGUUUUAGAGAAGCCACUUAAAAAAGGAUCAGCAGACAUCGGCGCCUCUGUGAUUUCUUUGACCAAGGACAAAUCUAUCAGGAAAGAUACCGUAGAAGAAAAAAAAGAAGAAAAGUUGAAUAUAGGUAAAAACUUUGCCCAUUCUGAUUCACUAUCAGUUCCGAAGGUUAGUGCCGGUGACAGUGGUAUAUCACCGGAGGAGAGCAAGGCAAGAAGUCCUGGAAUUGCAAAACCGAAUGCCAUACAAACAGAAGUGUAUGGAAUAAAUGAGGAAUCUACUAACGAGCGUUUAGAAAUAAAUCAAGAAAAACCAGUAAAAUUAGAUGAGAAUAGUGCAAAUAGUACGGUCGCAUCGGCCUUAGAUACCAAUGGGACGUCAGCCACGACAGAAACUCUAACAUCAAAGAAGAUCGUUCCAUCUCCAAAAAAAGUCGCCAUUGAUCAAGAUAAAAUAACACUGCACGAUGAGAAAACACUUGCACCUUCGAAGCAUCAGCCUAUAACAUCUGAACAAAAAAUGAAGGAAGACGCCGACCUCAAGAGGAUGGAAAUCUUAAAGUCACCUCAUUUGUCGAAAAGUCCAGCUGACAGACCUCAAGGGCGUAGAAACAGCCGAAAUUUUUCCACUAGAGAUGAAGAAACUACAAAACUUGCUUUUCUUGUUGAAUAUGAAGGCCAAGAAAACAACUAUAACUCUACUUCUCGAAGCACAGAAAAGAAAAAUGAUAUGAACACUUCUGCAAAGAAUAAAAAUGGUGAAAACAAGAAAAUUGGUAAGAGGCCGCCUGAAAUCAUGAGCACUGAAGCUCACGUAAACAAAGUAACCGAAGAAACCACAAAGCAGAUACAGAGUGUACGAAUAGAUGGUCGAAAAGUGCUUCAAAAAGUACAAGGAGAAUCCCACAUUGAUUCGAGAAACAAUACCCUGAAUGUUACACCAUCAAAGAGGCCCCAGCUAGGAGAAAUACCGAAUCCUAUGAAAAAGCAUAAGCCUAAUGAAGGGCGAACUCCAAAUAUCUCAAACGGUACAAUAAACAUCCAAAAGAAAUUAGAGCCUAAGGAAAUUGUGCGAGAUAUUUUGCAUACGAAAGAAUCAUCAAAUGAGGCUAAGAAAACUAUUCAAAACCCUUUAAAUAAAUCACAAAACACUGCUCUUCCUUCCACACAUAAAGUUACACAAAAAAAAGAUAUAAAAAUUGGAACUAAUGACCUUUUUCAGGUUGAAUCUGCUCCAAAAAUAUCCUCAGAGAUUGACCGGGAGAAUGUUAAAUCAAAGGAUGAACCGGUUUCCAAGGCUGUUGAAAGCAAAUCUUUAUUAAAUUUGUUUUCAAACGUACUCAAGGCUCCUUUCAUUAAAAGUGAAAGCAAACCUUUUUCUAGUGAUGCUCUGUCAAAAGAAAAAGCCAAUUUUUUGGAAACUAUCGCUUCCACUGAAAAGCCAGAAAAUAAGACUGAUAAGGUGUCUCUAUCUCAGCCAGUUAGUGCAAGUAAGCAUGAGUAUAGCGAUAAUUUUCCAGUUUCUCUAUCUCAACCUUCAAAGAAAUCUUUCGCAAAUCAUACAGAGGAUGAGCAAAUUGAAAAAAAGAAGAUCUGCCGUGGGAGAAUGAAUACGAUAAUAACUCACCCGGGAAAAAUGGAGCUGGUAUACGUGUCCGACUCAGACGAUUCUUCUUCAGAUAAUGAUAGCCUAACUGACUUGGAAAGUUUAAGCUCUGGUGAAUCAAAUGAAAUCAAAGUAACUAAUGAUUUAGAUACAAGUGCUGAAAAGGACCAAAUUCAGGCAGGCAAAUGGUUUGAUCCUGUAUUGGAUUGGCGAAAAUCUGAUCGUGAAUUGACGAAAAACAUUCUUUGGAGGAUAGCUGAUAAAACGACAUACGAUAAAGAAACAAUAACUGACCUUAUUGAACAAGGGAUCCCAAAACAUAGUUAUUUAAGUGGCAAUCCAUUAACUAGUGUGACUAACGACAUUUGCUCUGUUGAAAACUAUGAAACAUCAAGUGCUUUCUUUUACCAACAAGUGCACAAGAAGGACAGAUUACAAUAUUUGCCAUUAUAUGCAGUUUCUACAUUUGAAAACACAAAUAACACUGAAAAAAAUGAUGUGACCAAUAAAAAUAUCAAUAUAGGGAAACAUAGCCAAGAACAAAAUUCUUCUUCCGCUAAACCAUCCCAAAUUCCAACCGUGUCUUCUCCAUUAGGAUUCGAAGAAACAAAGCUAAGUACCACGCCUACUAAAAGCAAUAGAAGAGUGUCGCAUAGUGAUACUAAUUCUAGCAAACCCAAAAACACGAAGGAGAACCUUUCAAAAAGCUCUUGGAGGCAAGAAUGGCUUGCAAAUUUGAAACUUAUUUCCGUUUCGUUGGUUGAUGAGUUCCCUUCGGAGCUUUCCGACAGUGAUAGACAAAUAAUUAACGAAAAAAUGCAGUUACUUAAAGAUAUAUUUGCUAACAACCUUAAAUCAGCAAUUUCCAAUAAUUUUAGAGAGAGUGACAUCAUUAUACUGAAAGGUGAAAUAGAAGAUUACCCAAUGAGUUCUGAAAUUAAGAUUUACUACAACGAAUUACAGAACAAGCCUGAUGCAAAAAAAGCCAGAUUUUGGUCAUUUAUGAAGACUCAGAGAUUUGUUUCCAACAUGGGAUUUGAUAUUCAGAAGUCCUGUGAACCUGUUUCUAUAUCCACGUCGGUCAAACCACAUGUGGUCGAGCCCGAGCAUAUGGCAGAUGCCAAAAUUAUGCCUAAGGAUAUACUGCAAAUUACAAAAAAACCGUUAAUGGUUAAAAAUGUGAAGCCUUCUUCUCCGCCAGAUGUGAAGUCUUUGGUGCAGCUGAGCACAAUGGAAACGAAAACCCUACCAGAAAAGAAGCAAUUCGACAGUAUUUUUAAUUCUAACAAAGCAAAAAUAAUCCCUGGAAAUGGGAAGCACGCAUCAGAAAACAUCUCACUCUCUUUCUCAAGACCUGCGUCCUACGGCUAUUUUUCUGUUGGAAAAAGGGUUCCAAUCGUUGAAGAUCGUCGAGUGAAACAACUCGACGAUAUAACAGACAGUAAUACAACAGAAAUUUUAACUAGUGUUGACGUUUUAGGAACACAUUCACAAACUGGUACUCAACAAUCAAAUAUGUACACAUCAACCCAAAAAACAGAACUUGAAAUUGAUAAUAAGGAUAGUGUCACCGAAUGUUCGAAGGACAUGAAAGAAGAUGGUCUUUCCUUUGUGGAUAUCGUUUUGUCGAAAGCAGCAUCGGCGCUGGAUGAAAAGGAAAAACAAUUGGCUGUUGCAAAUGAAAUUAUUCGGUCUUUGUCAGAUGAAGUUAUGAGGAAUGAAAUUAGAAUAACUUCACUUCAAGGUGAUUUAACUUUUACAAAGAAAUGUCUUGAAAAUGCGAGAAGUCAAAUAUCUGAAAAAGAUGCUAAAAUUAACAAAUUGAUGGAAAAAGAUUUUCAAGUGAAUAAGGAGAUAAAACCGUAUUGA